AUGUUUUCCUUAUGCGCAAAACCUGCCAACGGGUCCUCCAGGGCAUCACCGCAGCUACAGAACGUUACCUGUAAAAGUUGCAACUCCACAGUUGGAAAACAAAUCAAAGGCGGUUACUUACUUCGUUACAAAAAACAAGUGCUAUGGAGCCGCUGGUCGGAGGAAUGGGUUGUGCUGUACGAUGACUCCACAAUGGCGUGGUUCACGGAACCGGGCCGCUCAUCACCUGCCGGGAAGAUUCUAGUCAAAGAGGCACCGGAAAUGCUUGCGAUUGCACACUGGACCGGUCAGAUACCGCGGCGGCCCCCGCUCCCGGAUGGCGUCAGUGUGUCGCAGCUAAUCGCGCUCGGGUCGCGCCGGAAGCGCUCCAAAGUGUACUGGAUGAUUGCGAAAUCAGAAGAGGAAGUCAGCGAUUGGAUUGCUGCCAUCACAAAGACGCUUCCGCCACCACCGCAGAUCGAGCUGGUUGUCGAUAAACCGCACCUGAUGGGCGUACUUCGAAGACCGGUUGUACGGAUACGACCUGCUACUAGCUCGGAGGUGUCCGCCAGGCGGAAAAAUCGGCACACCAUCGAGCACAACACGACGAAGGUGAAGGGUGAGGCAGCCGUCGCAAUCAUUAAGAAAAACGCACAAGACACCACCGACCCGAAAGGAUCACUGGCGUGUGCGCUACCCUGGGGCCAUGGAUGGGGUUGGGCGACCCUACCCAAUGGUAUCUGGAGUGGUGCACUCACAUGGUCACAGUGCGAAGAUUCCAUAACACUGCAUGCCCUUCCGACGACUCACUGUACCAACAUGAUAGAAGCACCGUGUGCCAGCGGCAUCUACCACACCGACAUCGGACCGUUCGACCUGCACGGAAUCGAAGACGUUGGCGGUGAGGACUUUGACUACGCGAUGGACUGUGGGGAUUUCAUCUUUUAA